AUGCUGACCUCACAAGCGGUCAAGUCACUCAUAGGCAGGAAUCCAAUAUCAUCCAGAAUCAUCACGGCCAGAUUCCACACCAACAUCGCAUUAGCCACCUUCAUCCAGUGCUACGCACCUACAAACGAAUCUGACGACGAUGCAAAAGCUGCCUUCUAUGUGAGGUUACAGUGUGCCACAGAUGGAGUAGCCAAGAAAGAUCUACUACUAUUGCUGGGAGAUCUUAACGCCAAGGUGGGGAGUGACAACACAAGUUUUGAGAAAGUUAUGGGAAAACAUGGUAUUGGGAAAAUGAAUGAGAAUGGACAGCUGUUAACUGACUUCUAUUCCUUUAACAAGCUAGUCAUUGGAGGUAGUGUUUUCACCCACAAGAAGGUACGCAAGACAACGUGGGUUUCUCCCGACAACAAAACCGAGAACCAGAUUGACCACUUCUGUAUAGCAUCAAAGUUCAGAAGGUCUUUGUUGGAUGUCAGAGUAAAGAGAGGGGCAGAUGUGGCUUCUGACCACCACCUUCUUGUGGGCAGAUGUCAUUUGAAGCUGAAAAACUUUCAUACUAGCUCACAGAAUACAAGCCACAAAUACAACAUCGUGAUGCUAAAGGAUGAGGAAACAAAGAACUGGUUCAAGCUUACCUUGUCCAAUAAGUACCAAGCACUUGCAAGUCUCCAAGAAAGCGAACAAUAUCGAAGGGAAGAGGAGAGCAAUACAGUGGUCAACCAACAUAAGGCCUAUGUCAGCACAGAUACCCUGAAGGAGAUACAAGCUAGAAAGAAAGAGAAGGAUGUGUUGAACCGUAGCAGAACCAGAGCCAAGAAAGUGCAAGCCCGGACCAGAUACUCUAAAGCCAACAGACAGGUUAAGCAAAGCAUCAGAAAAGACCGAAGGAACUUCGUGGAUGACCUUGCAAGACAGGCGGAGGAAGCAGUAGGGAAAGGCGAUUUGAAAGAUCUUUAUUCCGUCACAAGAACACUGGCAGGUGUUAGAAUGAUCACAGUCAGACCUGUUCGAACGGAAAGCAUAGAGGAGCUCACCGAUCAAGAAGAGCAGAGAAGAAGGUGA